GAUUUAGUUUGCUUUGAAAUGAAAAACGUGCAAGAUGAUGCUCUAUUAUAAAACGCAUAAACUUUGAUAACUAUAAAACUCGGAUGUAUAAAAGGAAUCCUUUGUUGUUGACCCCGAGGUCGUCGUUCGGUGUAUCAUCCAAUCUAAUUAACUAGUUACUAGUAUAUCAUCCGUUGGCAAUCGGCAAAUAAAUGUUUUUCUAAUAAUGUACGAGCGCGCGCUUCUUCUGAUAAUGUCCAUCAACUACAGCGCACAAUACUGCAAGGAUUUAUAACUGUAACACCACCAAAAAAAAUAGUGGUAAUAAAACGGCACCCGCUCCCCUUAAGUUACAGCUGUAUCAACAAUUUAAAUUGCGUACGUAAUUGUCAAUUGCGCAGAUUUUGCAGUCCAUACACAACACAAUUCCCAUCGACAACGACAUCGCAGCGACUCAUCAAAAACCAUAACCUAUAAAGCAAGAAAGGCACGUGUACUUCACGUCGGGUUCGGAUUCGGGAUUGCGAAGAGUGACGAUUGAGAACGGAGAGUGGAGAAAGAGAGCGUAAUAUCAGGCGCAAGGAUUCACCGUUGUGACAUACCGAAAAAUUAAAAACAGCUGUUGCUGCUGCUGUUGCGCUUUAGUUGAAAAACCAUGGCAACAACAGCCGACCAAAUAAUGGCACCUGCCCUGGUCUCGACCACCACGACGUCGACGACGACGACGACGAAUGGCAAACAGCAGUCGCUGAGUGUCGCGGCAACAACGAUGCAGCCGAGCACGAAACCCAAUUCAAAUUCAAAUACAAAUGAUGAACAACAGAUGCAGCAUCAAGUGGAGCAGAAUAACAAAUCAACCUCGCCAAAGCCAAAUGCCAUGAACAGUCUAAAGCUAACCAAAAUGGGCUCCGUGUCCACCAAGGAGAAGCGUGUCUACAAAAUUGUCCUCACGGGCGGUCCUUGUGGAGGCAAAACAACUGGCCAGAGUCGUCUGUGCACCUUCUUUGAGAAUCUUGGCUGGAAGGUAUUCCGCGUGCCUGAAACGGCCACAGUACUACUCAGCGGUGGUGUCAAGUUCUCCGAUCUGACUGAGAAAGAGGACCCGCCCACGCCAACCACCUACGUUUACAAAGAUCUACCAUUUGCCGCACCGGAGCACAGUCUCAUCGAUCUGACCGCAUCCUGUCCACGUUGCCUGGCCAAGGCUGCCUCCAAGCCCAAUGGCAGCGAAGCUUAUAAAUUUCAGGAGAAUCUGAUUCGCACAAUGGUGCAGAUCGAGAAUACAUAUUUUGAGCUCGGCAAUUCGAGUGCUCGCAACUGUCUCAUCAUCUGCGAUCGUGGCGUCAUGGAUGCCAGUGCAUAUAUAUCAAAGGACAAAUGGGAGAAAAUGAUGGCAGCAAACAAAUGGAAUCCUGUCGAGAUGCGCGACAAUCGUUACAAUCAAAUCCUGCAUCUGGUCUCAGCUGCCAAUGGCGCCGAAGAUUUCUACUCCACAGAGAAAAGAAAGCGUCAUUAUCAGGACCAUGCCUGCCGUUCCGAAGGCGUUGAGCUGGCACGAGAGCUGGACUACAAGUCAGCAGCCGCCUGGGUGGGACAUCCCUACUUUGAUGUGAUCGAUAACUCCACCAACUUUGAGGCCAAAAUGAAUCGCAUGAUUGAAAGUGUGUGCCAAAAACUGGGCAUUGACAUUGGUGACCGUUUGCAAGCCACCUCGCGCAAGCUCAAAUACUUGGUUGCUGCGCUGCCGCCUGAUAGCGAGUUUCCGCCGUUCCAGGACUUUGAUGUGGUGCAUCAUUAUCUGCAGUCGGCUGGUCCCAAAGUGCAGGCACGUCUGCGCAAGCGUGGCCAGAAGAACCACUGGAGCUACAUUCACACCCAGCGUCGUCCCAAUGUGCAUGGCCAGGCCCGCAUCGAGGUGAAGACUCAGCUGACGCAUCGCGACUAUAUGAACCUGCUGGCACAGCGCGACGAUGCGCAUUUCACCAUCUACAAGAAGCGACGUUGCUUCCUGAUCAACAAUCAAUAUUUCCAGUUGGAUAUCUACAGGGAGCCAGGACAUCCACGUUGCAAGGGUCUAGUCCUGUUGGAGACAUACUCCUCGUUGACUGGCGAGGCGCUGAAGAACUGCAUGCCAAAGUUCUUGAACGUUGUUAAGGAGGUCACCGGCGAUCCGGACUAUUCCAUGUUCAAUCUGUCGCUGAAAGAGGACUGGAGCACCACCAAGAAGUACUGCCGCCCAGCAACUGGUAAGCAGCAGCAGCAACCUCUGCAACAGCAGCCAUCAUCGGAGAAGCAGUAUAAGCCCUACGAUGAGAACAGCGACUAAGAAGACAUCUCUUCGCAUCUCUCUUCGCUAUCAUUAUUAGAAUCAUCAUCGUGCUUUGCUUCUGGUGCUGGCGCCAUUAAAGCCAAAGAUUGUGUAGUCUAGAAAUCGCUUUCCACUAUUUGCUGUAAAUACUACUAUUUUUUGAGUGCUUUCAUUCUUAAUUGCAUGUGCAACAACUUUCGCUCUAUCUCCAUUUAUUAUAUUAUUGGCCUUAGAUAUCAGUCACCUGAUCGUUUUCCUUUUUUUUUAUUUCUCUUGAUUUUUUCUUCUUGAUUUCUUAGCUAAGGGCGCCACAAAUGGAGUUACGAAAACACCUUUGGUGCUCAAUGGACAG